AUGUUUGGCAAACCCCGCCGAAAUUUUGGGUCCAUCCCGUUGACCCCUCCAGUCACAAUUGAACGACCCACUCGACCUGAUCAUGCCGAGAACGAGGAUCCCACCACACCUACCAGAGGACCUGCAGGAAGGGGACCAUCAAAUCCUCACAACGCUGCUGCCGGGCCUUCGAAUCCGUUCCGGAGACCUCUUACUCUACGGGACACUGAACGGCUUGAGGAGGAUAACUUUCGUGGCAACUUUAACACUGAUGGGAUUGAAGGCGCCAAUCCUGAAGAUGCUCAUAACAAAGGGAAAGGUUCUACACUCCCAAUCGAUGAAACUCUUCUGGGGACUUCCGUGGGUCCUAGGCUAGGAACCGUUUAUGAACGUGGACCAAAUGAGACACAAUUCGGUAAAGGCAAGACGAUUCCCGCAGCCACAGUUGGUCACAAAGUUCUUCCUCCCGGACCCUGGGCUGAACUGGUAAUGACAACCCCAUUUUCUGUUGCGGUAGAGGGUGAACUGAUCAAAUCCGACCUGCUGAUCAAACUCCGAACAAUGCCACCUCGGCAAGAGCUCGUGUUACGAUUUGGCCGUAAGGUGGUUACCACAGGUCUGGUUUUGAUCCAGGAAAUCAACAAAAGCAUCAACAAUGUCGAGGCUACGCAUAUCCAAGUGAACGCCCAGUACCGUCUAGCCAGUCGCUACGCGGUCCCACGACGUGUCAUUGAUAAGAUCUCAGCCCUGAAAGCUGAAGCGGUGAUACUUCUCGAGAAGAUUCAGGAGCUGAAGGAAGAGUUCCGUAAGACCGACGAUUACACUGUCGAAACCAUCGAGUCAAAUCCCGAGGCUACUCUACCCGCGUUAUCACCAGAGGUGCACGAACAGAAAAUGAAAGACUACUUCCGGCUCCUGCGAUUCAAUUUCUUGAACAAGCUUCGUGGGAAAUUCGGAAAGGGAGACAGGGACUUUGCGAAGAUUGAAGACCGUGCCCAGAAUUUGAUUGAGAUGAUCGAUGACUUGACUCUCUAA